AUGCUCUCCCCCUACCAACUCUCCCCGUCUCAAUGUUGCGUCUUCUUCGGCCUGUCCACAAUGGAUUCAUGGACGAACUUGAUACAUCCGAUACUGGACCUGCGUGUACGUCAGCGGGAAUUAUCAGAAGAGAGACGCCAAGUUCGGGAAGAAGAAGAGCUGGCGAAGAGCUGGCAAGGAUUGUGGAGCAACGAGAGUUAUCCGCGAUGGUGGAAGAGGGCCGGUUGGACAGAGAAUUUUCGGAGGAGGAGGCAAUGCGAUGUGAGCAAGAGAUUAGAAGGCAGGAGGAGGAGGAGAGAGGAGAAGGAGGAGAAGGAGAAGGAGGAGAAGAAGGAGAAGGAGGAGAGGAGAAGAAGGAGAAGGAGGAGGAGGAGAAGAAGGAGAAGGAGGACGAGGAGAAGAAGGAGAAGGAGAGGAGAGAAGAAGGAGAAGGAGGACGAGGAGAAGGAGAAGAGGACGAGGAAAAACGAAAUUGGGAGAGACUCUGAGACAGGCGAUGCUCGACAAAGAUCGCAUGGACCGGGAGGCUGCGUCUCGAGCGAAGAAUCGCAGAAAGACGGGGACGAGGACAAUGGUGCAGAGAAGCAAAAAGAAGGCGAAGAAGAGCAACGGGGUGAAGCGGAGGAGAAGAUGAAUAAAGAGGCGGGAAUUGGGUCCUUUCCCCUCGGUAUCUUGGCCUGUCCCGAAUAUCAAGCUGGAACGACCGCAACAAGUCCGCAACUCCCUAAAGCAGUUCCGAUCGACAAGGAAGCUUUGAAGGAUACAUUCUCGAAGUUUGCUGAAUGGGAACAACGGUCACAAGGGACCGGUCCAAAACAAAAUUCCCGCAAGAGGGGAUUAGACAUCGUUACAGAUGUGGCCGAAGACGUCUGGGAUGGUGCCAGAAAACGGCGAGGCAGAACUCCGAGAGAUUUUGGGGACAUGGACAAGGGGGAUGAUGACGGGCCGCGGAAGAAGCAAAAGACUGGUGAAGCGGCCUCUCUCAAACCUUCUCGCCAUGAGAAAAAGGACUUCCUCGGCCAAGUCAUUUACGGGAUCGGACGGAACUUGCGGAGUCCGAUUUAUCGUGCGGGUUCCCGCUGGCAAGAACCGUUUCCAACCGGACGGUUCAAAAAUCCAGAUGGACUGGUACGAGCUUUGGACAUCGCGAUGAAGGGUGUCCGGCGCAACCCGGCUCACAGUGUGGAGUCAUGGAAAGAGCACGUUGAAAGGGAAGUUCAACUUCUUGGGGAAGGCUGGAACGCGUCCGAGUGGACGAAGGUCAUGGAAAUCGGGACCGACGAUGGGAAGACACAGCCGGAACGCUUGUGCGCUUUCUUUGAGUUUGCUUGGGACUCUGGAGCUUACGGGAAAGCUUUCAACGAGUGUCAUUCUCCUGCACGAGCACAAGCAUACGGUAUACUGGCUCAAGCAGUCGAGGCUCGCGAGGAAAGGUGGCAGGGGAUAUCGAAGCGGGAAAUCAUCCGCAAGAUAAAUUCUCUGGGAAAAGAUGGAUACAAUGUCCUGACAAAAGAGCUUGAGAGGAGAUGGGACGAGAUCAUCGACAUGAGGAGCGAGCAGCGGAUGCGUCACGCGUUGUUGGGAGAUACCUUCAGAGAUUUCAGAGCUGUCUCUGAGAUCGAUGGCCGGCCGCAUGAAUGCGACACUCCCGACAAGAAGCAGCUGUGGGACGUCGGUCGGAGGUAUCUGACGAAGGCGACUGCAAUGCGGGAAGCACUUGGAAACGUGGUACGAGGUUGCGGAUGGCAAGAUGGGGUGUAUGGGGCGGGAAUGGAUGAAAGGUGCCACUCCUGCUUUCAUUGCUGUGGUCGGGGGGAUAUUCGAGGUCUUCGCCAAUCGUCCGGAUUUCAAGUCGACCAGUUCCUUGGCCGGCGAGAUACAUUACCUCCGACGACUGUGGGUGAAGGACGGUUCUACGAGAGCGAGUGGGUUCCCAUCCUGGAUAUGCUGCGACGCACCGAUGGUGUUUUGCUACAAGCAACCUGGGCGCCUUUGCAAAAAGUUGUUUCACUCCCGGAGGCUCGACAUCGUUGGGCUGAUAUCAGCAGCCGCGCGCGUGAGCUCUGGCGGGAACACGGCACACAGGAGCCGGUGGACCCUACGCGCCCAGGUGGAAGACACGAUCGGGCUAUUCCCGCAUACGGAGACUUGGGCGGUUACUUUGCCGACGUCCACAAUCUCAAGCUCGGAAGGAUGGACGGUGUCUCGUUCCGAGAACGUUGGGAGUUGCGGGAAAAU